GCAGUAUGUGGACUACCAGUAAUUCCUAGUAGGAUUUGAGAAGCUGUGGUCUGUAUGUUAAAGUAUAUGUAAGAGUAUAUGUAACUAUGUUUUAUUUUAAUUCCUUCUCCCUCCCUUUAGGUGGUUCUCACUUGGACAGUUUGAGGCCAAAUGGGAAAGGCCUGUUUGUGGACCAAAGCUCCCGGGGGCAGGAUAAACCAGAAAAUGUGCCCACAAGACAGAAUAAAUCUAAGUCGGAAAUUACCCACAUGGUUCGCUCCUCCACUAUCACAGUAUCAGACAAGGCUCAUAUUUUGUCGAUGCAGAAGUUUGGACUGCGAGAUACAAUGGUGAAAUCACAUCUGGUGCAGAAAGAAGAGGAUUAUACCUAUAUCCAGAAUUUCAGGUUUUUUGUGGGAACAUACAAUGUGAAUGGACAAUCCCCCAAAGAAUGCCUGCAGCCUUGGCUAAGUCAUGGUAUCCAGGCCCCAGAUGUAUACUGUGUAGGGUUCCAGGAGCUUGAUCUGAGUAAGGAGGCCUUUUUCUUCCAUGAUACCCCAAAGGAGGAAGAGUGGUUUAAAGCUGUAUCAGAGAGUCUUCAUCCAGAUGCCAAGUAUGCAAAGGUGAAGUUCAUCCGCCUAGUCGGGAUUAUGCUGCUGUUGUAUGUCAAACAGGAACAUGCAGCACACAUCUCAGAAGUGGAAGCUGAGACCGUGGGGACAGGAAUCAUGGGGAGGAUGGGUAACAAAGGAGGUGUGGCGAUCAGGUUCCAGUUCCACAAUACCAGCAUUUGCGUUGUGAAUUCUCACUUGGCAGCCCACACAGAAGAGUAUGAGAGGAGGAACCAGGACUAUAAAGACAUUUGCUCUCGAAUGCAGUUUUGUCAGGUUGACCCAAGCCUUCCCCCUCUCACCAUCAGCAAGCACGAUGUGAUCUUGUGGCUGGGGGACCUCAACUACAGGAUAGAAGAGCUGGAUGUGGAAAAGGUGAAAAAGCUCAUCGAAGAGAAGGAUUUUCAAACCCUGUAUUCAUAUGACCAGCUAAAAACUCAGAUGGCUGUAAAGGCUGUCUUUGAAGGCUUCACAGAAGGCGAGCUCACGUUCCAGCCUACCUAUAAGUAUGAUACUGGCUCCAACGAGUGGGAUACCAGUGAGAAGUGUCGUGCUCCUGCCUGGUGUGACCGGAUCCUCUGGAAAGGGAAGAACAUUACUCAGCUGAGUUACCAGAGCCACAUGACCCUGAAGACCAGUGACCACAAGCCUGUCAGCUCAGUGUUUGACAUUGGGGUGAGGGUUGUAAAUGAAGAGCUUUACCGGAAGACUCUGGAGGAGAUUGUUCGCUCCCUGGAUAAGAUGGAAAAUGCCAACAUUCCUUCUGUGACGCUCUCCAAGCGAGAGUUCUGUUUUCAGGAUGUGAAGUACAUGCAAUUGCAAGUGGAGUCCUUUACAAUUCAUAAUGGACAAGUACCCUGUCAGUUUGAAUUCAUCAACAAGCCUGAUGAGGAGUCUUACUGUAAGCCGUGGCUGAAUGCCAACCCCAGCCGAGGGUUCCUCCUGCCAGAUUCUGCUAUGGUGAUUGAAUUGGAGGUAUAUGUAAAUAAGACCACGGCUACAAAGCUCAACUCGGGUGAAGACAAAAUUGAGGACAUUCUCGUUUUGCACUUGGACAGGGGAAAGGAUUACUUUUUGUCUGUGUCUGGGAACUACGUGCCCAGCUGUUUCGCAUCUCCCAUUCAUACAUUGUGCUACAUGAGGGAGCCAAUUUCGGACCUGCCGCUUGAAACUGUUAGAGAGCUGACUCUGAUGCCACUCCGGACUGAAGAUGAUGGCAGCCAGUUGGAGAACCCCUUGGAAAUCCCCAAAGAGCUCUGGAUGCUGGUUGAUUACCUAUACCGAAAUGCUGUCCAGCAGGAAGAUCUGUUUCAACAGCCAGGCCUGAGGUCAGAAUUUGAGCAAAUCAGGGACUGUUUGGAUACUGGAAUGAUUGAUACCCUCAAUACCCUCUCCCCUAGCAAUAAUUCCGUAGCUGAAGCCUUGCUGCUUUUCCUGGAGAGCCUGCCAGAGCCCGUCAUCUGUUAUAGCGCCUACCAUAACUGCUUGGAGUGUUCUGGAAACUACACAGCAAGUAAACAGGUCAUUUCUACUCUCCCCACAUUCCACAAAAAUGUCUUCCACUACUUGGUGGCGUUUUUGCGACUGUUGCUGAAAAAUUCAGAAAAAAAUCAUUUGAAUGAGAAUAUUCUAGCUAGCAUAUUUGGCAGCUUACUGCUUCGAAACCCAGCUGGUCAACAAAAGCUUGAAAUGGCAGAGAAAAAGGCUCAAGAAUUCAUUCACCUCUUCCUCUGCAACUCACCCUGAGCCUGUCUGUCUCUUCUCCUGUUUUACCUGAGGCAGCCAAUUACCAGUCCCACCUGUUUCAGGUCAAGAGUGGCCUUAAGAGGGUGUGAGGCCACUUGGAAGCUAGAGUGGCAACUGCCUAUUCCUGAGCCCAGGCCAUUUCCCCCCGCCAUGGCUAUCACAUGCAGUACUGCUGUGAGUUAUGAGGACAUGAGAAAUCUACAAUAAAACUGACAUUCAGUGUUCAACUUUAA